AUGCCAGUGUCGUUUGCUCCAAGUUCUCAACCUGGUAUUCUUGAUAAAAUGACGAAGAGUGCAGAAAAACCAAACAGUCAACAUGGAGAAGACAGUGAUUCACGUCGGCUGUUCGUCGUGAAAGGCCAUUGGAAGCCAUCGGAGGACCGUAAAUUAAAAGAGCUUGUCGCUCUUCAUGGGCCGAAAAACUGGAAUAUGAUAUCGGAGCAACUUCCUGGAAGAAGCGGGAAGAGUUGCAGGCUCCGAUGGGUGAAUCAGUUAGAUCCACAAAUAAAGACGACAGUGUUCACUAGAGAAGAAGAUGAGACGUUAAUGGCGGCUCACAUGGUGUUCGGCAACCAGUGGUCUCACAUCGCUAAGUUCUUUCCUGGAAGAACCGAUAACGGAAUCAAGAAUCACUGGCACGUUUUGACAUCCCGGCGACGGAAACACAUCGCUGGCGUUUCUUCUUCUUCUUCUUUUCGUUGUGUUUCAGGUGAUAGUACCAAUGGCAGUUCUGGUAGUACCAUCACUCUCAUGGGGAAAUCAACUGUGAUCAACGAGGGUACAAGUAUGUUAUGCAUGAAUACACCCGAUUCAGUGUGUAGUGGGGAAGAGAUUAAGAUGUCACUAGCGGUGGCCGAUGGUGUUGGUAGUGGUGGAACCGGUGGUUACUGCAAUGAAACAAUGGAGACAGAUGGUGGUUAUAUGGCGGAAGUCCGUCUCUCAUUCACUAAUCCUCCCAAUGACAUUAACUUGAGCACCGCAACAAGCAGUCAUUUAACUACCAUUCAGACCACCACCAAUCAACCGCUACCACCACCGUUUAUUGACUUUCUUGGAAUCGGGAACUGA